UUGUGGGAAGGAACAGAAACAGCCUCUCAACAUCACCAUCAGCUCCAGACGUCCAGCAGUACACCAGUAUACCAGCACCUCCUCCUCCUCCUCCUCCUCCUCCUCCUCCUUCCUCCUCCACCGCCGCCACACCGCUCCGCUCCACCGGGUACCCAGCGCGCAGACCAGGCGACGCGUCCUCGCCGCCUCCUGAGCACACACUGUCCGACCAGAGAGAGAGAAACACACAGACACAGGAGACAGGAGAGAGAGAGAGAGAGGGAGAGUUUUCACUGAAAUCACACAGACUCCUACCCUGAUCUGUAGGUUACUUUUUUUUUCCUUUUACCGGCGACGUCCUCUGCUAAGUUGCGCUCCUGGAUUUUAAGUGCGUCUUUUUUGGCGAAGUCCGUUCGCAUCAACACAGCGGCUUCAACCUUCCUGUCACUCGGCCGGACCAAACACCCGGCGGACUGCUUCUUUUUUAAUCCCUUCACUUCACCCGGACAAGAUUUCAUGCGAAAUAAAGUACGAAUGCUGGAAUCUUUGAGUUGAUUGGAACACAUAGAAAGCAGAAAAUAAAGACAAGAUAAAGGAAGAGCAGAACAGUGAAAAGAAAGAAGAAGAGAAAGGAAGAGAACGGCGAGAAAGAAGAAAGCAUAAAGUUCUUUAGAAAGAGGAGAGAAAGAAAGAGACGGGGACGAUGGGGAGGAAAAAGAUUCAGAUCACGCGGAUUAUGGAUGAACGCAACAGACAGGUGACAUUUACAAAGCGAAAGUUUGGCCUGAUGAAGAAGGCGUAUGAGCUGAGUGUGCUGUGUGACUGUGAGAUUGCCCUGAUCAUCUUCAAUAGCACCAACAAGCUGUUCCAGUAUGCCAGCACAGACAUGGACAAGGUCCUGCUUAAAUACACCGAGUACAAUGAGCCACACGAGAGCAGGACCAACUCUGAUAUUGUGGAGACAUUGAGAAAGAAGGGCCUAAAUGGCUGUGACAGCCCAGACCCCGACGCAGAUGACUCGGUCGGCCACAGCCCCGAGUCCGAGGACAAGUACAGGAAAAUAAACGAGGACAUUGAUCUGAUGAUCAGCAGACAGAGACUGUGUCAGGCCGUGCCCCCAUCCAACUACGACAUGCCUGUGUCCAUUCCUGUUAGCAACCAGAACAAUCUCAUAUACAGCCAUCCCGGUGGUUCCCUAGGAAACCACAACCUGUUGCCACUUGCGCAUCAUGGCCUACAGAGAAACAGCAUGUCCCCUGGAGUUACACACAGACCCCCUAGCGCAGGUAACACAGGUGGCCUCAUGGGUGCUGACCUCACCACUGGCGCAGGCACCAGUGCUGGAAAUGGAUAUGGUAACCAUCGCAACUCACCCGGUCUGCUGGUCUCUCCAGGUGGCAUGAACAAAAACAUGCAGACCAAGUCUCCCCCACCCAUGAACUUGGGCAUGAACAACCGCAAACCUGACCUUCGUGUGCUCAUCCCCCCUGGCGCCAAGAACAACAUGCCCUCUAUUUCUGAGGAUGCUGACCAGCUAUUGAAUCAGAGAAUAAAUAACUCUCAGUCUGCUCAGUCAUUGGCCACUCCAGUCGUAUCAGUAGCAACUCCCACCCUACCAGGACAGGGCAUGGGCGGUUACCCAUCUGCCAUCUCUACUUCUUAUGGUACUGAGUAUUCCUUGAAUAGUGCAGACCUGUCCUCCUUGUCUGGCUUUAACAGUGGCAGCUCUCUUCACCUUGGCUCAAUGAGCGGGUGGCAACAGCAGCAUCUUCAGAACAUGCAGCAUUCAGCUCUUGGCCAGCUAGGAAAUUGCUCUAGCUCUCACUUAUGUCAGGGUUCAAAUCUCUCCCUGCCCUCUGCUCAAAGCCUGCACAUCAAGUCCGAACCUGUUUCUCCUCCUAGAGAUCGCACCAGCAGCACACCUGGGGGCUACGGUGGCGGGGUACCACCUCCCCAGAACCCCUCGUCCCGCCAGGACUCGGGACGCUCCCCUGUUGAUAGCCUGAGCAGUUGUAGCAGCUCCCACGAAGGCAGCGACCGUGAUGAGCACAGGAAUGAAUUCCACUCACCUCUGGGACUGGCCCGGGCUCUGGACGAGCGCGAGAGCCCCUCCAUCAAACGGGUGCGCCUAUCAGAGGGAUGGGCAACAUGAUAGCUCUGUCCUACACCUGGCAGUGCCCCGAGUUGCUCUGAGCCCCCAACGCAUGGCAUUACAGUGCCCCCCAAGUCAGCUCCCUCCUCUUCCUCCUCACACUCAGUAUCAUGAGUCACUCACCACCCAAACCCAAGGCCUCUCCCCUUUUAUCUCUUUAACGCUGAAGGAAAGAAAAGGGACAGCCCUUUUCACAAAUCUAUUUGUAAUUUUUUUUGGUUUUCUGUUUUUUAAACUGUUCUUUUUUUUCUUUAUGCUGAGUGUGUGUGCUAUACAUAUUGACAUUAUAUAAAGUUGGGUGUUGUUAUGGGGGUUUGGGAGGGUGGGUGUUGGUUGGGAUGGGGUCAGGGGUAUUUUUGUUGGGGAACUAUGCAUAAAUUGUAUUGUGUGUGGAUAAAAAGAAUCACAUAUGCAUAUAUCUUUACACGUGUGUGUAUGUGUACAUAUAUGCAUAUCAACAAAUAAACAAAAAAAUAGUCAGGUACUCUGUUUCAUAAAACGUACUUACAUUUGCCUCAGCGAUGUAUCAGUUACUAGAGACAAAAAAAAAGAAAAAACAAAACAAAAUAAGCAAAAAAAAAAGAAAAGAAAAAGAAAAAAAAACAUUAACAUGAGAGUGAGUGUGUCCAGUGGGAAACACCUUAGCACUUGAGUUGGACAGACAAAACUUGUGUACAGUGUCAGUUUCAUUGCUAUAUACCUUCUCUGCAGUUCUCCCUUGCAAAAAUGUGUGUUAACAUUAGAUGAUGUCAUGUUGCAGGUUCAACGUAUUUAUGUAAAUAAAGGGUCAAGGGGGAAAGGGCAGGGGUCAAACGUUGCCAGACAUUACAAGAUUUAUUUACUCACUCAAUGAAAAGCUAUUAUGCAACAUUUGAAGGAUUGUACAGGUAAACAGGCAGACCCGAUGCUAGACGAGUGGAACCUUGGAUAAUUUUAAUGCUCCCCUUAAAGAACAGAGCUGAGCGAGGACCACCCUUUGAUCUAAGAGCUACGUUAGUGUAAUCAAAAGAAGAAAACAACCUCUGGAUCUAGUAUUAAUUAUUCAGUAUUGAUAGACAAAAAAGGAAAAAUGAAAAAACAAUUGUACGAUACACUUGCUUAUAUUUUCAUAUGAAAGGAAUACAAUGCAAAGCAUUUUUGUGGCUUUUUGUAGUUUCUAUAAGCCAGAAUGUGUUUUUGAUAGCUUUGCUAAUAAGAGAUGGUUAGUUCACCCAUGGGGGAAAUGUCAGGGCUUCAGUGUCCUAAGCCAUGAAAAACAGACUGAGAUCCAAUGCUUUGCUGAACUGUUUUAUCUUUGUAGAGGUUUGUUUUUAAACGUGUAUUUCUAAUUAUAUAUAAUAAUGGUAAUAUUAAGAAUCUUUAAAAAAAAAAAAUCUGUGAAAUUAACAUGCUUGUGUAUAGCUUUCUAAUAUAUAAAUAUAUAUAAUAACAAUUUUUGUUGGUUUCUUAGUGGAGUUUCUAUGUGCAGUUGCACAUGUUGUCUGAUUUGUUUAAUUUGAGCCCUGAACAGUGCUAUUCAGGGGUGUAGUCUAACCUUAAAAACCAGCUGGAAAGCAUUGCCAGGGUUUGUGUUACACAGGAAAGGCAGGCCUGAAUGCUGACAAACAACCUGUUAGUGGGAAAUGUCAUGAGACUGGAGCUGGGGAUGACACAGAACUAAACGUUGACACAUGAUGAACAUAACUGUCAUUCUGAUGAGGACAUAUGACUGACCCACAAUCUAUCUGUAGAUGCAUUUUAAUGCAUAAUAUUUUAUCAUUAACCUCACUUAUCUUAUUUGAUUCGAUUAUCUCAUUUUUGACAUUAUAGUUUCUCUGAUCUGCCUCAGAUUGUUACUGCAGUAUUCCAAAUAUUGCACAAGUCCAGAUCCAUUUUAAUCAAUAUUUAUUUGAGCCAUAUUAAUCUAACAUCCUUUUGUAAAUGCAUUGUGAUGAAUUAUCCAUGAUAAUUUCCAAAUCGGAUUUGAUUCUGUGUCGUCCUGUGACUCCUCAUGUUACAUUCUUGAAAACAGGGUUCCACAUCAUUUACCACGUUACUGACAGUUCAGCGUCAGAUACACGAGGAAAAACUGAUCAUGCUGGUAUGGGAGAAGCACAAUUGUUUAUUUUAGAUAAAUAUCUGUUUUGAUUUUCAAGUUUUUUAAACAAUGAAACUAGCCACAUAUCUCUCUGCCUCCCACUCCCUUAUCUGCUGUCACUUAAGUGUUAUAUUUCUAUGUGCAUAUUUCAUGCAGGUUCACUAUGUUGUUACUGUAUACAGUCUGUGUAGUCAAACAGGGGCAGAGCCUCUAUAACGGUGUACUUCUCUUUUUUUUUUUUUAAAUUCAAUACAAAAAGGUUGAGAAAAAAAAUAAACAUAAUGUUUCAGGCAGCAUAAGUGUGGAGAAACCAAAGCCAGUGGCAUUUCUGUGUUGUAAACUCAACUUUUAUUUUCACAUUCAUUUAUGGUUUUGCAAGCAUUGAAAACAAGACAAUAAAAGAAUUUGCUCAAAUGUACAAUCGGCUUCACAUUUCAAUUUCAGUCAAAUGUAGCUUUAGAUAUAAGGCUACGAUGUCAGUAUCACCCACAAAAAUGUACCUGUUACAUUGCUCCUGUGUCUCCCUGCGCAUUGCAUUAGAAACAAAAGUAUUUUGUAUUUACAAUUUGUUAUUUAGACUCAAUCCAGUCACCACAGCCUGUUGUCCGCUUGUUCUAAACACAUUACACACUCAUGCUACUUGAGCACCAGUUUUAAUACUGCCAACAUGUCCAAAUGGUUAAUGAGAGUGCUGUAAUAACAAUAAUUGUAACCAAAGACAUGGAGCAAUCUCGGUUUAUAGCUUCUUCUUUUUUUCGUCUUUUUUGUGUUUUUUCACUUUAUCUUCAUCUGUUGAUCAGUUGUUUUUUUUUUCAUUAUUAUGAUAGACUAAAUCUUGGUACCUCAAAUUGACCCAAGCAGUACCUCAGCUGAUGUUUUGAUAAGUCACUCGCAGUGCAAAGGGGAGACCAUACACUUGUACAGCCAUGUGUAAUAACAUGCCAUUGCUUAAGGUCCCACUUUGACAAGGGAUUCUUUGUUGCUCCACCGUGUUUGUGGUUUAUUUAAGCUGUAUUCAAAAGCUGAAAAGGAUUUUAAAAAAGAGUAAUAUGUUAAAAUGCUUAAAAAGUCAGUCUGUAGUAUCAAAUGUAGCUUGUAUAAACCUUAAAAUGGGGGAGGUUUGGAACUAAUGUUUUGUAGAACGCAAGAGCGGCUUUCAGCGGCAUAAGCUGGCCUUUGUCGCCACUUGAGACUAAGAUGGUAUUAAAUUAAAUCCACAUCUCUGUAACUCAAGGGACUUGAUUCAGCUGUAUGUAGUGAAAACGUAUGGGGGUGAAAUAAAAGUCUCCUCUGCUGGAGGGAAUGGCUAUUUGUAUUUUGCAGAGAUUUCAGUAAAGUUACUGGCUUUCUUAGUUAUCCUGA